AUGACCCCUUUCUUUAGAUACGCGACAAGGCUCGGAGUCGCAAGCGUACCGAAGAUAUUGGAACUUCAUUUGAUGCAAAAACCCUCCUCCUCAACAUAUCAAGAGAAGAAAGAAUGGAAGAAAAUGAAGCACUCGACAAAGAUUGAGAAGACUACUGAGAUCCCAACGGCUCUGCGAGAAAAUCCUAUCAAGCUUACCAGGAGAAUUGAAACUCUAGACAAAAAUACGAUUUAA